GCAUAUUUCCGUCAAUGAGGGAAAGAUUCAUUCGCCAUUUUGCACGUCUGUGGCGCGGCCUCAAAGUUGCUGCCGCUCCCCCACUGACGUCUGGAAUGGAAUUGCUGGCCGGCGCCGGCACACAGAAAAAAAGCAGAAGUUGAAGGCGGUCUUCAAUCUUCUUGGCAGAGGAGGAAGGGCUUAUAGUUUGUCUUUAAAGUUAGGGGAGGUCCUCUUCAGGCAACACGAGAGAGAUUCCGCCGACAUCUUCUCGUCGUGGUCGUCGCAGAUUCCUCUGGCUGUGUGCGAUUGCUGCAGACUCCAUAUCCCGUUCUUAUCAAGCUUAUCCUCUCUCCUAUCCUUGUCUACCAACCGCGAAGAUGGGAGGCGUUGCUUUUGAGAACCUGUCCUCCUCGGAGGGGGUGAAGGCCCUCGACGAUUAUUUGUUGACGAGAAGCUAUAUCACCGGAUCACAGGCUUCUCGUGAUGAUCUCGCUGUUUACCUCGCGCUGAAGACCGCUCCGAGCAAGGAGUUUGUCAAUGCUUCAAGAUGGUACUCUCAUAUCACUGCUCUUCUGAAGAAGACAUUCCCAGGCCAGGCUGAGGGUGUUAGUAUCUCUGGUGAAGUAGCUGCUGUUUCUGCGCCGCCCCCUCAGACUCCAGAGACUGAUGCUGCGGAGAAGGACGACGAGGAUGAAGAUGAUGAUGAUCUGGACCUGUUCGGUGAGGAAACCGAGGACGAGAAGGCGGCGAGAGAGAAGCGUGAAGCUCAAUUGCAGGAGGCCGGAAAGAAGCCGAAGGUUGUAGCGGGGAAGUCAUCCAUUGUUCUUGAUGUGAAGCCAUGGGAUGAUGAGACGGAUAUGAAGAAGCUUGAAGAGGCUGUCAGGGCAGUUGCCAUGCCCGGCCUUCUCUGGGGAGCGUCCAAACUUGCGCCUGUUGGAUAUGGCAUCAAUAAGCUGCAGAUCAUGAUGACCAUCGAAGACGAUCUCGUUUCAGUGGAUCAGCUGAUUGAGGAUCACCUGCAGGAGGGUUCGGCGGCAGAGUACAUCCAGAGCGUGGAUAUCGUUGCCUUCAACAAAAUUUAAACUGCGGAAUUUUUCUUUUAGUUAAUUCACUCAGAGAGAUUGUGGAUUUGGUAAUGAUGUCGAAAUGUUAGUAUUCGCGUUGUUGUGAUUCGAAAAGUGGAAGUGGGCAAUUUUUUUGGCGAAAUGUUCUCUCCAUAUCCGAGUUCAUGACCGGUGUGUAUAUGGUUGGUCCGGCCACUGGAAUUAUUGAGUUGGAAAUUGGAAUACAUUCGGAGAACGAAUUGAGUAUGUCUACUAGUAUCUUCUUUGUCUGCGCGUGUUGAUCGAUGGUUGGGUCCAAAGUGUGAUUUGGAAAUUGGAAUGUAUUUGAACGACGAAGUGAGGAAAUGUGAAUUGUUUCUUCCUUUCCUGAUGGAAUCGCAGAAUCACUUGUUGUCGGACAGUGAAUCUUGGAGUCGUGUAUUGUGUAUUGGAGGGUGUAAUCAAAUCGUGUAUUGCUUUGGAGGGUGUGUAAUCAAAUUGUGUAGUGUCUUGGAGGGUGUGUAAGCAAAUCGUGUUUUGUGUAUUGGAGGGUGUGUAAUCACAUCGCGUUAUUUGUCUUGGUGGGUGUGGAAAUUUUGAGCUGUUUGUAUUUAAAGACCGAUGCGUGAUGGUAAUGGAAGGAUUGAGGUGUAACCCAUUUCGGUUGUCGAUUAAAUUUUGUCCAUUGUUCGUGUUUACUGAAUAUUGGGGUCUGCAAUUGGAUGCAUGUCCUGAGGAAAUGUCCUGGAUGAAACAGCUGUGAGCUGAGGACAAUGUGGUGGGGAUGGUGGUGAGAAAGAUUUGUUUAAUUUCGUGAAGUGUAGUACAGCGGUGGAAUGGUCAUUGUGCAGGCGGCGCAUGGUGGCGGUCGAUCGAUUAAUAUUGUGGAGGGUAAAUUCUAGUUCUUUUGUUGAUGCUUGUUUUGUGGACGUUUGCGUCGUUUGUUGGGCACGAAGUGUCAUGUCAAGACACUUAUUUUGACUAAGCGGUUCGUGAGGUUCGCAAAUCCGUUUGUUUUGAUGGGGGAAGAGCUGCGCCCAACCGUUGGUGUCGGCGGGGUAGAAGGGUGGAGGUAACGUCUUGCGCAGUCCCUGCGUCAGGUUAUUUUUGUGGAUUUGUGCUGUGAGGGGACGUGCACUGCAGAUGUAAACGUUCCUUACGCCCACGUUAUACGUUCUCUAGAGGCGCAAUGGAUUUGGACUGAGUAGGAAAAUGUUGGUAGGUUGUGAAAAACGAAGUGUGGAGACGUGCAUCAUACAUUGCGCUCCAGAAAUGUGAGAGAGGAAUGUGAUGUCGAUGGUCUCGGUAGGGAGUUCGUGGUUUUGGAAGGGAGUUAACAUCUCGUGGUUUUGUUGACAGGAUGUGCACUCUGUUUCUAUUUCGCGA